UUCCCCUGCCGCCACUCCCCCCUCCCUCUAGAGCUGGUAGACGGAGGUUAGCCGGGCCGGUCCCGGCAGUGGCCCGGAGCGGGCGGGCAUGGGGGGUUGCCUCUCCUCGCAGGCAGCUGAUGAUCUGUCGCUACUCAACGAUUCUACCGGCGAUGGGGCGAGUCUUGGGCCUGGAGACCCACCCCCCCUUCCUGCCCCGCCGCCUCCCGACCAGGAUCACACUGCAAUUCCAGUGUAUCAUCCAACGCCUAGCCAGGCACGUCUUGCCACACAACUAACAGAAGAGGAGCAAAUCCGGAUAGCUCAAAGGAUUGGACUAAUUCAGCACCUUCCUAAAGGAAUAUUUGAUCCAGGCUCAGAGCCAUCAGAAAAGAAAAUCAAAGAGUGUGUAAUCUGUAUGCUGGAUUUUGUAUAUGGAGAUCCCAUCCGAUUCCUGCCUUGUCUACACAUCUACCAUGUAAACUGCAUUGAUGACUGGCUGAUGCGAUCAUUCACAUGUCCUUCUUGCAUGGAGCCAGUGGAUGCUGCUCUGCUCUCCUCCUAUGAGACUAACUGAGGUGGCUUUGGGUCCUGCUCUUGUUCAUGCUUCCAGGCUGUUGAUAUAUUGGGGGCCUGGGAUGUGGGACAUUAUUUGCACAAUUCUGGGUACACCAAAGGAACCGGUCCCAGCCCCUACGGACACAUGCAGCCAGGCUGGCUGUAUUAAAGGAUGAUUUGUGCCAUAUUUUGAGUGUUGCAUCCAGGUUAUGGGAGGGGGAAGGGUUGGAAGGAAACAGGGAAUGGCAGAACUAAAACUUUCCUUCCACUCUACUCACAAUUUAGUUUUGUAGAAAAUCAAGAUUCUUCUUUGACCCAAUUAUCUACCCUCAUACUAUUGUAAGUCCCUGUUAAGCUAUUGAGUACAGUUGUAGGAAACUGUAGUGGAACUCUUACAUGUUAAUGAUGCUGAAGAUGAUCUCUUAAGGUUUUACAAAUUAAGAGAAAUUCUAAGGCUAUUAUACCAGCUCUGGUCAGUUCAUGGGGGAAAAACCCAGGCAUUUUGUUUGGGCCACUAUUGAAAAUUCAUCUAUCAGUACAAAUACGCAAUGCAGAAAACAAGGCUUAGAAGCUAGUUAGCUACCUACCUAGGGUAGCUUGAAGCUGUAACAUUUGCUAGGGAAGGAGACUGAACCUGUUCUUGUUGCUUUUGGAAGUGCUUCUUUUAAAAGAUUGAUGUUUUAGUUAAGAGAAAAGGAUACUAUUUCCUUGCUCCUUUUUUCUCCAUCAAAUAAGAAUUUUAUCUAUUUUGAAGAAUUGGAUGAUGCCUCUUCUCAAACCCCUGUAGGGCAAGCAGAUUCUCCACCUAAUGCUUACUCACCAGACUAGCAGAAAGUCACAUAGAUAUAACAGAUUUUGAAAGCAAUAGUUUCACUCAAUCUUCAUUUGGGUGAAGUUCACUGAAAGGAGGAGGGAUGGGCUAAGUGCAGAUUAUUUGUCACAAUGUGAAAUUUCUGCCUUUCUAGUAUUUGGAAGCAGCGUUGACAUUUAGAUAUAUAUGUAUAUAGCUUGUUUAAAGUGAGAAAUAUUUUUAAGGAAAGUUUACGAUUCAGUAUGGUAAGAUCCUUUUAGAUACUGGUUGUGAGUUAAAGCAUCCAUAUAUUCUAAAGAGUGAAGAAAUGUUUAUUUGUAGGCAAUCUACUAUUUGCUUAAAGAUUUUGUCCCAUAAGAACCUGUUUAAGGCAGGCUGUUAUGAUGAUGCAGCAAAGCCAACACGUGAAAAGGCUUUUCUAAAUCAUAUUGUUUAUUGCCUUGCAAGUACAGAAAUGUGAAAGUGCUUUUCUGAUUAUGUAUUGUCCAUAACAAAGAUUUAGUGCUUGAAAGAUUUAAAAAAACGGAUGUACAUUGCGUUGAAAUGGAAAAUAAAUAGAUUGUCAGCAGUGCCUUCUAAAGUACAUACAUUAGCCAAGAUGACUGCAGAAAACUUUUCUAUUAGUGAAAAUGAGUAGAACCAGAGAAUGAGGUACUCUGAAUCAAGUUAUCAUUUCCCUUUUCCCUUUAAUAAAUUAGAAAUUAGUUGCUAUUUUUCCAAUCAAGCAUGAUUCUAUACAGCAGUAGGAUCUGAUAUUGCUAUUGUAUGGUCCUUCAGAAGUUUUUGAAUGGACCUUCCAGUAGACCUAUGAUAUUGUAAGGAAUCUUGGAAAUUGCAAUUUGGCAACAAGUCACAUUGGGUUUGGGAAUGAACUCACAUCUGCUUUCUGAGCCAUACUAUACAUCUUUUAUUUGUUAAUUCCAAAACUGGCAGGGAAGAAACAGCUCAAUGCCCCAAAUGAUGAUUUGGUCUUGAGAAGACAGUACAGAAAAAAAUUAAGCAACAAACAGGGGCAGCCUAGAAAUCAGUUUAAGGUAAAAAUUAUUAAUUUGGAGGUUCCUUUGGAUGAUAGUAAGGGGCUACACGUCAGUAUCUUAUCCUCCCCUUUUAUUCUGUUUUCUCAUUCAUGCAGCCAUGAUUCCCCCCCCCCACCCAUGAAGCACACGGUGAAAGACCACAAUGAUUUCGAAGCAAUAUAGGCUUCAUUUUCAUCUUUUCAAAUUGAAUUGCUGUUGCUGAUGAGAGUUAUGUGGUUUAUGUUUUCAAAUAACAGUGCUUUGAAAGGGCAAAUCCCAUUAGAUGUUAGCACUCAGUGGAUUCCUCUUCAUCUGCUCAGAGGGAGGUAAGGUUUUCCUUGCUCAUGAUACCAUUUCUAUGAUUGAAGUGAAUAGAAUCCAUAUUUUAAAGCAACGAUCUCCAACCUGUCUGGUUUCGUGGUCCAGUUGCGAAAGGGUCAUGAACUAGUAGCAAUCUGUGGGAUAGGGGGUUGGGGACCCGUUUUAAAGUACAUUUCUGUCUAAAAGCCCUUGCCCCAUGUUAUCUCAUUCCUUGGUAUCACCUGUAUCUUCAUUUUCAAGUUCACCACAAAAAAGUGGCAGAAGUAAAGAUGGAACAUACUAUUUCAGUUACUAAUAUACUCUAGCCAGCAUGCCUAUUGUUUCACUGCUGUUUAGACAUACUAGGAUUGCUUCAUGCAGACCACCAAAAUCUGUAUUUAAUAAAUCAUAGUACUGAAGAAAUUGGAAAAUAACAUGGCAUAUCUUUCAGGCCAAGCAAACUCCUAUAGGGUACAAUACUGUGCCCAACAUUUCACUUCAUCUAUGAAUUCUCUGAAGCCACUUAGAACAUUGGAGCAGGCAAUAUAUAAAUGACUUAAAAAGUGGCAUAUCCACUUUUAAGACAUUGGAUUAUUAUCUCCAGUGUUGCAUGUAAAGAUAUUUAAAGCCCCGUUUCCUUACUGGUUUGGAAAAUCAAAAAGAAAAAGGGGGAGAAAAAAUAGAAGUACAGGAAGAUGGGUGCCUGCAAUAAGGGACUAUCACUUAAGGAGAAGUAUCAAUUAUAACUUCUAUUUUACAUCCCAAAGAAUCACUUGGCAAGGAAAUUGCUCUAUUUAAUUUAUAAAAAGAUAAAAUCCACAGAACAGAGGCACCUUCAAUUCCAUGUGGCUAAUAUGACUGAUUAAGCCUAAUAAUAUAACCCAAAAUUGUAACUUUGAUAUGAAAAUACCUUGGGCAGUAGAAAUGAACUCAUUUAUGAAUAGCAGUAAUUGUUAUUUAGUAAAAGAUAUGACAUUUCAAAAUACAAAGUACAUGUAAUAGUCAAAGUACGUUUGGAAAAUAUGAGCAAUUGCUUAUGUACUGUGAAAGGAACUGUUUUCAUGUUCCACUUACUGUGCUUUUUACUUGCUCCAUUAACUACUUAUUUUUUUCAAAAUAUAAUUCAGAAAAGGG